CGUUUGUUCUCAUAUUUCAAAAGCCCUCGAUUCCAGGUCGACACGCCAGAUCUGCAUUCGACAACCACCGCGUACGGCGGAAGAAACUUCCAGGCGACGGAAUUCCGAGCACCGAACGCCGCACCAUAACGAAACCCUAGAUUUCACAAUGCAAGAAUUAGAGCAUUGGAAGGAAGAGCUUUCUCGCCUAUGGCUCACCGCUUCCGAUUAUCUUCGCCAGGUCCCACCCGAACAGCUCUACAUCGCUGCUGCUAUCGCGGUUUUCACAACCCUGCUUCUUCUCUCUCUACGGUUGUUCAAGCGUGCAAAAACUAACACUGUUGUGUUGACGGGGCUUACUGGGAGUGGCAAAACCGUUCUCUUCUAUCAGCUUAGGGAUGGCUCUACUCAUCAGGGUACUGUUACAUCUAUGGAACCUAAUGAAGGCACUUUUAUUCUUCACAGUGAGACAACAAAGAAGGGCAAGGUAAAACCUGUUCAUAUUGUUGAUGUUCCUGGCCAUUCUCGACUUCGACCCAAACUGGAUGAGUACUUGCCUCAAGCAGCUGGCGUAGUCUUUGUGGUUGAUGCUGUUGACUUCUUACCAAAUUGCCGUGCUGCUUCAGAGUACCUAUAUGAUAUAUUGACUAAGGGAAGUGUGGUAAAGAAGAAGAUCCCACUGCUUAUUCUCUGCAACAAAACAGACAAAGUCACUGCUCAUACAAAGGAAUUUAUCCGCAGACAGUUGGAGAAGGAAAUUGACAAAUUACGGGCAUCAAGAAGUGCAGUGUCAGAUGCUGACGUUACAAAUGAGUUCACGUUGGGGGUACCUGGUGAGGCAUUUUCUUUUACCCAGUGCUGUAACAAAGUUACCACUGCAGAUGCUUCUGGUUUAACUGGAGAGAUAUCUCAGCUGGAAGAGUUCAUCAGAGAAUAUGUGAAGCCAUAAAUGGAUGUUAUGUUUGAACUUAGAUUUUUUUGUAUUGAAUUUGUUAUGAAUGGGGUUAGUUGUUACUUCUCAAAACUCAGCACUGCCUGGAUAAGCAGAGGAAAAUGAAGUGAGGGGGGCUCUGGGGAAGUUGUCAGUCAGUAUGUUGGAAUGAAUGAGGAUUGGCUUUACUGGAAGUCCUGAUAUAUUGGUUCAAUUAAUUGUACAAGUACUUGGAUUCACUUUAUUUGCUCUCCCUUUGCCCAGGCAUUUCUUAA